AUGUCUUUCGACCCAAUGUCUCUGAAGCACGGCAUCCCGGCCUACGGCAGCGGAUACUUUCCUGACGAGGCCGAGAGUACUACCAGAGACGACCAGCCAACGACGGGCAGCGGCACCUCGUGCUCCUCUGGCUCGUCCUAUCUCUCGCAUUAUUCCGCUUCGACAGAGCCGAGACCCGCCUACCAUGGUCCCAGCGCAAACAUGCCGGCGGGCUCUGAGCUGCUGGAUGCUCCAGCCUGGACGCCGGUGCCGCACAGCCUCCCAAGCCUCCCACUCCUCAGCCCGUUUGCGCCACAUCACCCACACGGCGGGGACCACGGCUGGGAUCCCAUGCACCAGACCGUCAACCCGCUCGUGCAGCAAUAUAGCCACCACACGUUGGGCAUCCACGCCAGCAUGGUCCCUCAGACCGUCUUCAGGCCCGGCGCGGCAGCGCACGACCUGCCCCUGGCACCGGCGGCUGAAAAAGACGCCGCCAGCAGCGCCUCCAAGCUGUUCGCAUCGUCGCGGGACAUGCUCGAAGCGAUGGUGCUGAGCGACGAGCCCAACCAAGCCUCGUGGAACGUCUUGUCGCCGUCGGGAGGCCCGGCCGCGUACGGCGAGCCGCGUUGCAUCGAUGUCUCAGAGCCAGACGUCGGCAGCGGCGGCGCCUGGGCAGAGCCCGCCGCCGGCGACAGCAGGACCGUGUCUCCCAAGAUGCUGCGGAUCCGGCAGACGCCUUCGCCGGCCUCCUCCUACGAGUCCAUGCACACAGGCUUCCUGACCGGGGCCGGGGCGUCCGCUCCCUACACCCUCAACAACGCCCGGCCUCUUGCCACGGUCGAGCCGGUGCCGUCAUCCCACCAUGCAGCGAAGCACGCCAACAAAGGCCGCAAGCUGCUGCCCGAUGCUCGCAGCCAGCGCACGCGGCCGCGCCAGCAGGGCGACAUGUCCCAACUCCAACCCACCGGCCAGGCCUCCUCCUCCCCUGGCUCCCCGCUCCCGAAGCUGACCGAUCUGCGCCCGAUGGCUAAAAUCUCCCCGGCACCAAGCAUGUUUCCCCCUCCUUCACCACCCUCGCCAUCCACGUCGCCACUGCCGCCGCUUACCACGUCCGGGCAUACCCCACGCGCGGUCCCGGCCGGAUCCAAAUCCAAAGCCAAAGCCAAGGCCAAAUCCAAAGCCAGCGCCGGCGGCAGCGGCAGCAGCAGCGCCGACAACAAUCGCAACAGGAAUAGCAACAGCAGCAGCAACGACAACGACAAGCCGGAGCUGCUGCCGGACCGGUCGUCCAAGGACGACUUCCUGGUGCGGCAGAAGCAGCUGGGCAUGACGUACAAGGAGAUCCGGCGCAUGGGCGGCUUCACCGAGGCCGAGUCGACGCUGCGCGGGCGGUACCGCACGCUGACCAAGAGCCGCGAGGCGCGGGUCCGGAAGCCCGAGUGGGGGGAGAAGGAUCUCCGCCUCCUCGAACAAGCCGUCCUCGCACUGGCUUCAUACCCGCACUCUUCGCACUCUUCACACCCACACUCUUCGCACCCGCACCCGCACCCGCACUCGCACGCAGACCAACUGCAGCAGCUGCGCGGCGCCAAGGUGCCCUGGAAGAAGGUGGCCGAGUACAUCGUGGCGCACGGCGGGUCGUACCACUUUGGCAACUCGACGUGCCGCAAGCGGUGGGACGAGCUGGUGCGCGAGCGCGAGGAGGCGCGCCGCGGCCGGGGCGCGGCGCGGCCGCGGGCUUUUUUUGGUGAUGGCAACGUCCAGCAAGAUGGGGGUGCGGGUGCGGGUGCGGGCGUGGAGGGUGCUGAUGCUGAGGGGGAGGCGGCGGUUGAGUGA